UACAAAUUGGUUGUAUUGGUAAUGUUGGGCAAAAACGAGUUUAUGAAAAUCAUGAACAACCGAACACCGAAGAAGAAACCAGAGUUGACACAGGGAAAGCAAAAAUAUGUUACAGACGAGAAUUCUUACAUUCAAGCCCUAGUUAUUUAAUAGUUCUUGUUGAUUAUGAUACAGAUGAUGAUGAUCUUGAUUAUAUAGAAGAGAAACUGAUCACAGAAGAUGAAUUAUCAGAACAAGUUGAAUUGAAAAAAAUUUGGAUUGAGGAUAAAGAAUUUGCAAAGAAUUUUGUGCACAAGAGUGGAUCUGAGUGUGUCAUCAAUAAUAUAAAUUUCUCUGAUCUGUUCAGAAAAUAUCAAAUAAAUACAUAUGACAAGGCUAAAUCAGAAGGACUUGAAGUUAAAGUUGAUCAUGAUGAAAUAUUUUUUAUUUAUGUUGGACAAGAAGAGGGUAAAUUAUUAGCAGUUUGUCAUCUGAUACAAGAAGGCUUAAAACCAUCUGAACAUGCCAAAGAACUAUUUCGUAAAUUAAUAUAUGAUGGUAUUAAUGUUGAUUCUGAAAGAACAAGAGCUCAAUUAUUGAAAAUUUCAUUAUAUAAUUAA